AUGGUCAUGCAUUUUUGGGUACUGUUUCAUCCUGACAGUGAAAAUUACCGCGGCGCGCAGGCACUUGAGCCGAAAACCUCGGCGUUCCGGUUUAUUCGUGGUUUCCACCAUCCUGCAGCAGGCCUGGAGUCGUCGCGGCAACCGCCUUGUUCUGCCAAGACAGCACCCAGAGCUGUAACAGAAGUUCUGUCAACUCACGCGCCAAGAUUCCCAUCGUGGACCUCUGCCAAGAUCCUCUCUGGUACCUGUGGGACGUGCUAUGCUGGCGAGGUUCGCGCUGAUGAUCUUCCUGAUCCCUCUGUACUCAAUCUUACGAGAUACGAAACAUCUAAUGGCGGGGAGCGCUGGUUCUGCAGUACGUGUGGCGCCCAUGCUCUCAUGAGGGCCACGGAAAAUGGACCAUGGCAUCUCGCAACGGGACUGUGGGAUCGUACGGAGGGCCUCCUGAAAUGGGCAGGGUGCAAGUCGAUUCGAGAGACGUUGGAUGGAGGGGUCAGUGUUAGGCUGGGCGACGUUAUGGAUCAAGGUAGGAAGGAGAGAGGACUGCAGUCUUUAGAGCCGCAUGAUGGGGACGGGACAUCAGUUCUGGGAGAUACGCUGGGAGAGUUCCCGCGGCCAAAGAAUGAAGAUACAGGUGAAGAGAGAUUGAAAGCUUCCUGCAAGUGCGGAGGAGUCAAGUUUUAUAUCACCCGACCGACCACCGCUUCAAAGAGAGUGCGCUCACCGUUCCCGGAUCUCAUGGUCCCAUACUGUACCGGCGCCUCGUCCGCCAACCCCGAGAAUGAGACUUGGUGGCUCCGCGACAACGAUACGAAGUAUAUGGCAGGAUUAUGCAUGUGUAACUCCUGCCGACUCGCGUCAGGGUUUGAGAUCCAGACGUGGGCUUUUGUGCCGAAAUGCAAUAUCUUCCAAGAGGAUGGCAGGGAAAUGCAUUACAAUAUGGGGACAAUCAAAACCUAUCUAAGCUCAGAUGGCAUCUGGAGGGAAUUCUGCGGCGUCUGCGGUGCAACAGUCUUUUGGCACUGUGACGAGAGACCGGAUCUGGUUGAUGUAAGCGUUGGAUUAUUUGAUCCUGAGGAGGGAGCUAGAGCGGAAGGCUGGCUAGAUUGGUGGACAGAAAGGGUGAGUUUUGAAGAGAUGGCUGUGAGCAAAGGUCUGGCUAGGGAUCUGGCCGAUGGGCUAAGGAUAUGGGGGCGGGAAAGGAAAGCUUAA